AUGCGCUUUCAACAUUUAGAGUCUUUAUCCUUAUGUGGUUGUACGGAGCUCAAUGAUUCAGGAUUAACCCGUCUGCUAAGCUAUGGUUCGAAUUUACAGAAACUUAAUCUAGAUUGUUGUUUGAAAGUUACUGAUUACGGGCUAUCCCUGGUUGCUUCUGGUUGUCCCUCAUUGACGUCAAUUAGUCUCUAUCGGUGUAUCAACAUUUCUGAUGACGGAUUAGAGACUUUAGCCACUGCUUGUUUAUCUUUGAAAUGCAUAAACCUCUCGUACUGCUCACAAAUAUCCGACAAAGGGUUGAAAGCUCUUACUCAGAGGUGUCGUCAGCUUCAGGCAGUUAACAUAUCACACUGUGAGAGUAUAAGAGGUGUUGGCUUCAAAGGGUGUUCAAAAUCUCUCACACAUGUAGAGGCUUGGUCUUGUAAGCUCAACCCAGAAGGGGUGACGGGAAUAAUUAGUGGCGGUGGUAUAGAGUAUCUAGACGUAUCUUGUUUAAGUUGGUAUCCCUUAGGAGAUACCUUGCUUGGAAUAAGAUUGUCCUCAAACCUCAAAGUCCUUAACUUUCGAAUGUGCAGAUCUGUUUCCGAUACUUCUAUUGUUGCAAUAUCCAUGGGAUGUACACUACUUGAAGAAUGGAACUUAGCAUUAUGUCAUGAGGCAUUACGAGACGGUUGCAGAAGUCUCUCGGUUUUGUACUUGAAUGGUUGUGUUCACGUGACUCCUUUUGCAUUAGAGUUAUUCAAGUCUCACAGAGCAAAUGUUUGUAUAAAGGAUGAAGAGGGGUCAAUUUAA